GCAGUUCACUGCUAGGUGGGAGGAUCGUGGCGGUGACAGCGACGCUCGGAGUCUCCCGACAAAACUGUCAAAAAGCAAACAACUAACGUCAUGGCGGAGUUAGACCUGGAUCUCGUUGAUGCGCUGACAGACGCUCCUCAGAUGGGACCGGAGAGCCGGGUGGAGCGGGACUUUGUGGCUCAGCUGGAGGCGGAGGCUUUUGACGAUCAGGUCGGCGAGACAGUGGGAAAGACGGACUACAUCCCCCUGCUGGACAACGAUGACCCCAGAGCAGACACGGGUACUUCUGCGUUGGAGAAUGGAGAGCAGGAAGCUCAUGGGGCACAAAAGCCUGGUUGUAAGCUGUCCUCAGGAGGACAGACAUCACUGUCACAUCCACAGCCUCAGGGCGAGGUGCGACCUCUCUCCCUGGACCAGAAUCAGGCCUUGGGCAUAGACUUCCUAUCAGCGUCCAUGGCAGGUUACUUAGAUCCUGUGGAGUCUCACAGCAGCUCAGCUCAUAUGAUGGACACUGGUGUGAUGGCAGCUUUCUCAGGUUUCUCUCAACCCAGUGACAUGGGCUUCAGUGUGGAGACGGGAGCUGCACCACUGCAGGCAGAGAGACCUCCGAGCAUCGCAGAGCCCCAGCAGUCCACACCUGCAACAGGGUCAGAGGCCCCUAAAGAGCACAGCCCCAUGCUGCCGGAACCACAGGUCCCUCGCAGCCCUGCAGACGUGUCAGCAGAACAUGGUGCCUUAGGUGACCGCUGGCUAGACCAGGCCGGUUGUCUACCGACAGACCUCCCGUUUACCCCCAGCGUCUCCACGGUGAUCAGUCGCCAUGCAGGCCAUCUUGCAGCCAGCCCCGAUGACCCGCCGGACAGUUGGCCUGGCCGGGAAAGUGUGGCCUAUGCUGGAGGUGAUGAAAGAGACGCAGACGGAUCAGACCGCAAACAAAAGAAGAAGAAGAAAAGGCGACAGAAAGACGAGGGCUCGUAUGAACACCCUGAGAGCAGAGGUCACCCUGAGAUGCAAGCGCAGGGAGAAAACACCCCUCCAGCUGACGAGUUCUACCACAGGAUCGGCCCACGGCGGGAUACAGUGGAGGGGGCCUGGGAGGAGCAGCUGGGGAAGAGCGGAGGCCGAGGGAAGAAAGGAAAGAGCAGGAAGAAGCUUCCAGAGGAGUGGGCAGUGAUGGCACAACCGUUUGUUCCUUCGUCUGAAGCAACUUCUCAGAUCACAGAGGAGGUGAUGAUGGAUUUAGGGAGUGCAGCUCAUGCAAACCUGGAGUCCUCGUUCACAGACAUGGACUCCAGCCUCAGCCCCUGGAAACAGGAGGUUUUCUCAGAAGGUCUGGUUCCUGCUCCCCUGUCUGAAGACCUGUUCUCCUCCACAGCUGCUCCCAUUAGCCCACUGGUUCUCAACAGUGAGCUGAAAGCCACAGCUCCUCCCUUCACGAUGCCUUCUCCUACCAACACUGUGAGUCUAGAUUCGGCUCCUCAACCACACGAUCCCUUUGAUCUCCUGAUGGAUACUGAACAUGUGAGCACGCAGAUCUUUUCUACACCCGUUUCUUCUGAGAAUCCAUCAAAGGUUGGUGACACAGUUGACAGCAAGACGUCUGACAGGACCUCUUCCCUCCAAGAGUCUUAUGUGCAAGGCAUGUCUGAGGAAGAUACCUCAAUCUUCAGCCCCGCCUCUCAGCCGACCCCUGACCCUUCACCACAGGGUGAGGUGUUAGCCUCAGCUCCACCGCUGUCGCCCUCAGAUGCUUCAUGGCUCCUGAACGACUCAAGCAUUGGCAGCAACAGUGAGAUGUUUGACUUCAGUGAAAUGAGCUCUUCAGGUCAGCCUCUGGUCUUAGGCUUGUCCUUCAACACCCCGAGUCCAGCACCUCUGCGAUCCCCCAAAACCACAGCGCAGGAAUUUCAAGCCAAACAACACAAAGAUGACAAAUCCUCUCAGAAACAAUCCAAGAAGUCUCGUUCUUCCUCCUCUUCGUCGCCAGCAAAGAGUCCCACCUCCUCGGGAGUGGAGAAUUUCCCUCCACAGGAAUCCCCUGUCAUCAGCCCCUCUUCCCCUCCACCUCUAAACCCUCAGGGAGCUCCAGGAUCUGCUCUUAACCCCGCGGCUAAGCCCUUCUUUCCCAGCUUUGCAGACGCCAUGGAAGAACCAGCUGUGGUCGCUGCACUUGCUCCCACCAUUGAAGUAAAAUCAGACAAGAUGGAAGAGUCAGAGAAGAAGGUGGAGACUCUCGGGGACGACGUAAAGAAGGUCGACCAGUUUCAGCCUCUGGACAAAGCUGAGCAGAAGAGUGUGAAGGUGGAAUUUUCAGCAAGUGACACUCCGGUCAAGGUAGAAAAGGAAGAGGAGAACAAAAGAGCAGAGAAAGAGAGAGAUUUGAAAAUGGAGAAAGAGGCACAACAGUUUAAGGAGACAGAAAAAGUGGAAGAGAUGAAGAAGGAACCUGAAAAGGUGGAAGAGAUAAAGAAGAUGGACGAGAUGAAGAAGAAGGAACCAGAAAAGGUGGAAGAGAUAAAGAAGGAACCUGAGAAGCUGGAAGAGAUAAAGAAGGAACCUGAAAAGGUGGUAGAGAUUAAGAAGGAACCUGAAAAGGUGGUAGAGAUAAAGAAGGAACCUGAAAAGGUGGUAGAGAUAAAGAAGGAACCAGAGAAGCUGGAAGAAACAUUGGAGAAAAUGGAAAUGGUGCAGCAGAAAGUAGAGAAAGAAGAUCAAAUGAAGAAGGGAGAAGAAUCACCAGAGAAAGCAGUGAAGACAGACAAAGUGGAAAUGACAGAGAUGAUGGAGAACAAACCUAAGAAAGCAGAGAACCUGGUAACGAUGGACACCAAUGAAAAAACAGAGAACACACCCACAGAGAAGCUUGAGAAAGCAGACAUGAAGGAUGUCAGAGAGCACACGGACAAAGCAGAGGAGAAACCAGAGCAACAACAGACCACUGUCACGUUUGAUACCGACGAACACAAAGAGGAGAAGAAGAACGAUGUAGAUACAAAAGUCACAGCAGUGGAAGAAAAGACUGACGCAGACAAAGUCAAGAAGACGGAGGAGGACGUUUCUGAGAAGGUGGCGGAAAAACCAACAGUGGAGAGUGUGAAACAAGAGAAGCAGGACCAAACUCAGGUGGAAAAAAAGACUGUGGACAAAAAAGAUGAGAAGAAAGACAAGACAGCAAAAACAGAAGGAGACAAAGUCAAAAAAGCCAAAGCUGCAGCCAAUGGAAGCAAAGACCUGACAGGAGCUGACAAGAAGACCAAGUCUUUUGUCACGGCGCCCAAACCGAGCACAGCUGCUAAAAUGCGUCCCAGCUCCACAGCUGGUUCUGGCUCAGCCUCUGCUCGGCGUCUCACCCCCUCCUCCACCUCCUCCACCUCAGACAAAAAAACAACCACAGUAAAGACAACAGCCACAAACACUGCUGGCCCAAAGAGGCCAUCCAACCUUUCUACCAGCCGCCUCUCAACCUCCACCACGUCUACAACACGUGAUGUCAAAUCCAAGACGACCACAGAGAAACGUCCCUCUGUGCCAAAGGUCACCACCACCUUCACCUCCACCUCCAAUCAAACAGGCUCCACAGCUGCCACCAAAAAUGGAACUGGUCCCACAGCCGCCAGUAAAACCACCACCACAACUACAUCAGCACGGACGUCGGCGUCUGCUCGCACUGCUGCUGCCACUGCAGCCAAAAAGCCUCUGUUGUCCAAGACAAACAGCAAAGCAGCGGAGGAGAAGAAGCCCAGCACUCUGAAGACUUCUGCAGCUGACUCCACCAAACCUAAGACCGGCACCAGCAGCCGCACCACUGGUGCCUCCUCCUCCACCACCACCUCCUCCACUCGCACUCUAACCAAACCGGCUGCACCAUCCUCCACCUCUGUACCAGAGAAGAAGCCGCUGGUGCCCCGCGUCCCCCGAGCUGCUUCCUCCACCACCAUGAAGAGCACGGCUCGGCCCGGCACGGCACCAGCCCCCGACAUCCGCAACGUCCGCUCUAAGAUCGGCUCCACAGACAACAUGAAGCACCAGGCGGGCGGAGGAAAGGUGUCCUCUGCCUCUCAGAACAGGGCUGUUGCUCCCAAAGAAACGAGCCAGAGCAAAGUGCAGAUACAGAACAAGAAGGUGGAUUUGAGUAAAGUCACGUCAAAGUGUGGCUCCAAGGACAACAUCAAGCACAAGCCUGGUGGCGGUGACAUUAAAAUCGAGUCCCGCAAAUUGAAGUUUAAGGAAAAGGCUCAGUCCAAAGUUACCUCCAUGGAAAACGUGAACCAUUCACCUGGUGGAGGAAACGUCAAGGCUGAGGCUGAGGCUGAGGCUGAGGGGGCCCAGGAGACAGCAGAGGGGACUGGGACCCCCCUGAGUGGCACCGAGGCCCCAGCCCCAGGCUCCGAGUCAGGGCAGGCUGGGGGCCCCGCUGCCCAGGAGAAUGGGCUGAAGGAUGGGGCUUCCUGUGUGAGUGAGGGCCUCCGGGAGCCCCAGGCUCUGGACUCAAGCAUCCCAGAGACAAGCAUUUAAUUCUGGUUCCCUCCUUCCUCUUCACCUCCACCCCCACAACAUCACCUCCACCCAAUCUCCUCCAUGCUUUUUUAUUUUUUUACCUCUUUAUCUCCUCCUCCUCUUCCUCCUCCUCCUCCUCCACCUCCUCCCCCUCCUCCUCCCUCUCCCUAUGUUCCAACCUCUCUGCUGCAGAUUGAGUCUUUGAAGCUCAACUUCCGCAAGAACGCUCGCUCUCGCACGGACCACGGCGCUGACAUCAUCAUCACGUGUCUGGCCCCCUAGGACAACAACCACCCCCGCCCACAUGGCUCCUCCUAUUCUCUACACCUCCACCAACCACCAAACCCAGCACCUGACACCACGCAGUGUCUCCCUGUGUAAAUGGUUGGGGGCUGCAUGCUGUGAUGACCCCCUCGCCCCCCCCCUCUGCCCCCUCCCUGCUGCACCUGCAGGUGGAGGAGGUUCAGGGGAGCAGCAGCUCCUCCUUCAUGAGGUCAUAACCUGACUGUGCUCAGUAAAUCACUGAAAACCCUCGUCAUCUUAAAUCUGUGGUCACAGCUUUGACGUUGUCUCAACUUCUGCCCCGCCCUCACAUCUGCCCCGCCCUCCCGUAGAGACUCAUCUGUGUGAAGGAAAACUUCAGGUCGGCUGACCUUUGCCCUCUCUGUCCUGUGCUUCACCUCUGCCCCACACGUCAAACAAUAGCCAGAUGUGUUUAUUCGUCCCGUGAACAGCAUGGAAACCCUUUCACACUCGUAAACCUCGUUCAGACCCAGUUGAAACAUCUGAUCUCAGAUGUGAUCAGUCAUGAAUGUGUCCACAGAUUCAUCACGAACACCUGCAGCGGUUUCUGAUUUUUUUUUAAACACUAAUCAGUGCUUAAACAUUCACUCCAGCUCCUCUUCAUUUAAAACAGCUGAUCUGUCCUCGCUCCACGUGAGGUCAGAUCAGCUGAUGAGGUCACAUCACAGAGGAUGGAUGUUCACAGCAGGUCUGAACGAGUGCUCGGUCUUUUUCUCGUGACUCUUCCCCAGUCAGUGCUUCAUCAUAAUUCGCCGUCAUCUUCAUCAACACUUUCCACAAACAAGCUGAUAAACAAAAUAAAGCUAGACGACAUGUAGCUGUGUGAACUUUGUAGGCUUUAACUCAUGAUUCUCUGUGUUUGUGAUGUUGUGUUUGAGUGACUAAAUCAGCUUUGGUGUUGACUUCACAUCUGGUUUCUGUGUUUGUGAAACCAGUUGUCUUUUAUUUAUUGUAUCUUUGAUUCCUGUAUGAGCAACAGAGUCUUUACUUUCCUGAAAGAACUCGGAACACAACACAAACACACACUCACAGUGAGGAAGGACGUGACCUUCAGAGGGAAGGAGGUGACCUUCAGAGGGAAGCAGGAAAGUGAGGAGAGAAGUGUUCCUUUAGAAAGUUGAUGGAUUUGUUUUUACGCCAACCUACAAGAGGAAGUUCAGUGAAGAAGAGAAGAUGAGGGAGACGAGGAAGAUGUGUCCGAUUAGUAAUGAUGAUGAUGAUGAAGAGGGACAUCCUGAUCCAGUUGUUGUAGGAUAUUGACUUGUAGUGUGUGUAUGUACGUGCGCUUGUGUGUGUGCGCGUGUGUGUGUGUGUUGGCAGUGGAACAUAUUGUGGCUUUAAUCCCGCUCUUGUGUAGCACCUGUUGCCUCCAGCUGCCUUUGUAAUGCAUGGUCAGAUUAAGAUUAGAUGAUAUAAUCUAAGCAGUGAUUGUGAAUGUUGCUCCUCAGUGUAACUGCAGUGUUUCUUCUGUUAGUCACUUGAGACGAGAGCAGGUUUAUUUACAGUGAAUCAGACUAACAGAAAGUAACUCACUAACCACAGUGAAGGCUAUUCUCAACAUGUUUCCUUACUUUGAUGUUAUUAGUUUGAUAAAACAAUGCUUAUUUUUAACACCUGACACCGAAAGGUGUAUUAAAGUUUUUCGCAGAAGUUAAUUUGUGAUUUAAAAUCAAAACAAAGACUGGAUUAUUUCAUCUAAAUGAUCAUAAUAACACAUUUUAAUGAAAGGUGAUCGAUGUGAAAUAUAAACAGCAUGACAAGCACAGUGUCUGCAUCUUUAUCAGUGAAAGCAGUAUUUGAGUUUAUCAUGUUUCACUGAUCAAUGAUGACUCUUCAUUGUUGUUUUAUAUCAUUUUUCACAUAAACCACCUUUAAUUUGUACGGUUUUAAAAGUUAAAAGUCAUCUUCCAUGAAACAAACAAAGAAGUGACAGUUUGUCCACUGCGCGUUAACAUACAACAUAAUAAAAUGUAUUUGCAUUUUGCUUAUAUCGUAUAUCACUGCAUAAAACAUAUCAAUCAGUUAGUCACUUAUUUGACUAAGAAUACAAUUUACUAAUUUUAACAAAAUAAAUGAAUGCCUUGUAUCAUAUCGUAGCUACAUUCACUGCCCCCUAGUGAUGACAUCAAGUAACAAUAGCACUGAGUUUAAUUCAAAUUUAAAGUCAAGAAUCGUUGACACUAAACUGCACCUUAAUGCUUUACCUUUACCUUUUUCUCAUUUAUGAUAAGAGAGCAAUAACCAGGCUUUUCCACUGCCGUCUCCUAAUCAAUCAUUCAUCAUCAGUCAGUCAAAUGCCUUAAAUGUUGAAUUAAAGCUGGGAAGCAAAGAUCAAAUUCUUCAAACUGAAAUAGGCAAUAAAUAGUGGUUCAUGUUUUCAUGUUUGACUUUGUUGUGAAAGUUUUCCUCCUGGUGCCUGUUCACUGUCAUCACACACACACACAUGUAAAUAGAUGAUUUUACUGAUGAUGUCGGGGGGGUCAUGUACCUUUAAUGGUUUCAAGUGGAGGAAGCAUUUUACCAUAACUAUUAUAUUCUCAUCAUUAUUAUUGUGAUUAUGACAAACUGAAAAAGUUUGCCUUUUUCUUUGAAAGGGGCCACUGAAGUGGAAGAAUGUCUUUGAGAUAUAUUAUUGUACUAAAGACGCAACGCUUUUGUAUAUGUAUUUAUGGUUGUGUUUGUGCCGUGACGCUGACGGGGCGCCGUGACACUGACGUGGCGCUCACGGGGCGCCGUGACGUGACGCGCCGUACUCUCAGCUUCACAAACGUCACAGGAAGAUUUUAUUAUUUUGAUGUGGUGAUGUACGAGCAGCUUGAUUUACAAAUGUUCAAACUUCAUUAACACGUUAACAAGAAGAUUUCUAUGAAAACACACUAAUAUCAACAAUGUCAACAAACCCAGUCUUAACAGAUGAAAGUCAUAUUGGAUUAGCUCGUUAAACACAGCAGUGACCUCUCUGGGGUCACAUGAUCUCAUGAUGAAAGAAGUGAGAGUAAAGCAACACAAUCACAUGUGAUUUAUCUCUCUCUCUCUCACACACACACACACACACACAGUGGUUAUAGGUCAGUGUGGAAAAGAUGCACACUGACACACACACACGUAAGAUAACAAACAGCUACAGUUCCUGCAGAGCAUGAAAAACAACUAUGGGAUGUUUUAGGUAUUAUUAUUAUUAUUAUAAUUAUAAACAUUUACAGAACCUCCUCAUGGUUUUUUGUUUUGUUUUUUCAUUCAGUUGAAUUUUAUUUUUGGUUUGAAAAAGUGUUUAUUGUGAUUACUUGUUAAUUAGUGAUGUGAUUAUUAAACAAAAUAAAAUAAACUAAAACUCUU